AGAUACAUGCCAAAUGGUUAUCUAUGUAAUAGAGGAUACUACAACUCUUUUAAAAAAAGCAAAAAAUAUCACUGAAAUGCCAAUACUGGAUACAGAAUUUUUAAUUUCCUUUGAUUUGAUUCCUUAUUCAUUUAAUAGUAACUUAAGCAAUGUUAUUCAUUUUAUUGUUGAUUCUGAUAAUGUUACAACUGGAGUCUGGCUUGAUGGUCUUGGAGUACUUAAAGUUUCAACCCUAAUUAAUGACACUAACUUCAUAUUUCACACCAAUACGACACUUUCAUUAAAUCAAUGGUCAAAAAUUGAGAUCAGUCAAAUUUUCAUAAAUGGAAGUUAUGCAUUUAAAAUUAAAGUAAAUGACACAUAUGUUGCAUCUGGAAUCAACACACAAGUUCGAAGUUUUAAAAAUGUUGUGUUAUACGCUUCAAAUCCAUGGAAUGUUUCUCAAAAUGGCUCAAUAAAAAACGUUUUUGUUGCCAACAAUCAAUCAGUUUUAUCAAGUUCUUUGUUACAAUGGAGCAACUGGUCAAGUUGCAAUACAUCCAGUGGAUAUGGAUUUAAUAACAGAACAAGAUAUUUGGGUAACGCAUGCCAUACGGAACUAAAGGAAUGUUAUGUAUAUAAAGAUACAUGUAAGAUGGUUAACUAUAUAAUAAAUGAUAUCCCAGCUCCAUUACAGAAAGGAAAAUAUAUCACUACAAUGCCAAUACUGGAUACAGAGUUUUUAAUUUCAUUUGAUUUCAUUCCUUAUUCAUUUAACAAUAGUUUAAGCAGUAUUAUUCAUUUCACCAAUGAUAGCAUUAAAAAUGGUUAUCUUGGAGUCUGGCUUGAUAAUCUUGGAGUUCUUCAAGUUUCAGCUCUGAUCAACGGUGCUGAUUUCAUAUUUCGCUAUAAUGCACUUCCAUUAAAUCAAUGGUCAAAAAUUGAAAUCAGUCAAAUACUUUUAAAUGGAAGUUAUUUGUAUGGAAUUAGUGUCAACAACACAUACGUUUUAUCUAAAAUCAACACACAAGUUCAAAGUUUUAAAAAUGUUAUAAUAUAUGCUUCGAACCCAUGGAAUGUUUCUCAAAAUGGCUCAAUAAAAAACCUUUAUGUUGCAAACAAUCAAGCAGUUUUAUCAAGUUCGUUGUUACAAUGGAGCAGUUGGUCAAAAUGCAACACAUCCAGUGGAUAUGGGUUUAUUAACAGAACAAGAUAUUUGGGUAAAGAAUGCUAUACAGAUCUAAAGGAGUGCUAUGUAUAUAAAGAUUCAUGUCAGAUGAUUAAUUAUGUCAUAGAGGACAUCCCAACUCCUUUAGAGAAUGCAAAAAAUAUCACUGAAAUGCCGAUACUGGAUACAGAAUUUUUAAUUUCCUUUGAUUUGAUUCCUUAUUCAUUUAAUAGUAACUUAAGCAAUGUUAUUCAUUUUAUUGUUGAUUCUGAUAAUGUUACAACUGGAGUCUGGCUCGAUGGUCUUGGAGUACUUAAAGUUUCAACCCUAAUUAAUGACACUAACUUCAUAUUUUACACCAAUACGACACUUCCAUUAAAUCAAUGGUCAAAAAUUGAGAUCAGUCAAAUUUUCAUAAAUGGAAGUUAUGCAUUUAAAAUCAAAGUAAAUGACACAUAUGUUGCAUCUGGAAUCAACACACAAGUUCGAAGUUUUAAAAAUGUAGUGUUAUACGCUUCAAAUCCAUGGAAUGUUUCUCAAAAUGGCUCAAUAAAAAAUGUUUUUGUUGCUAACAAUCAAGCAGUUUUAUCAAGUUCUUUGUUACAAUGGAGCAACUGGUCAAGCUGCAAUACAUCAAAUGGUUAUGGAUUUACUAACAGAACAAGAUACUUGGGUGGUAAAUGCUAUACAGAACAAAAACAAUGUUAUGUAUAUAAAGCUCCAUUGUGGAAUGUUUUUAACACAGUUUCUAUGCAAGGAAAUUUGACUUUACUAAACUUACAAAUUUAUCCAACAUUCAUUAAACCGUCAAAUGUUAAGUUAGAGUUUGAAUAUUUUUUGCCGCCAUUUUUUAUGUUUACAUCUGAUGGUGUUAUUCAAGGCUUUGUUAGGACUCAAGCCAAUCAAAUUAAGUAUUCAUUUAACGGAAAUUUUACUUAUUUGGAUUCAUUUAAUUACAAUUUUACUGCUACUUAUAACAACUCGCUGUGUCCAAUCUCUGGUGUAUUUAUAUUAGAAAUUCCACUGAUGUUGUCACUCCAUGUUGAAACAGAAAAACGUGAGAGAAUAGUUAGAACAUUUAAAAAGCAAAUUAGAUGUUUCAACAAUCCAAAAAUACCAGUCAGUCCAAAUCAACAAUUUCUUGAAGAAAGCUAUGGGCGAGGAAUAUAUUGGGAUGAAUAUAACAAUCAUAUAUAUGUAUGUAUGAGUCAACAUUAUCCCAGUACAAAACCUGUUUGUUAUUUUUCUGACGAUGAAGGAUAUUUAUGGACAGCUAUGGAUAUUCGUGUUGGUUCCGUUCUCGGUUGCCACUCGGCAACAAAAAAACUUUACGCGGUUCAUCGAAAUAGAAAAAUGUAUUUAAUGUUUCAUAAUUACUACAAGAAAUGGUUGGCAAUAACCAAUCAGCAGUUUUUAAACAACGUUUUCAACCAACUCAAUUCAACUUUUGUAAAAAAUUUAGAAGGCGAUAAUGAACAAAUUUAUACUCUUGGGCCAUAUCAAUGGUUAGGAAACGCUGAAGGACUGUUUUUCCGAAAGCUUGAAGGCGAUUCAUGGAUACAAAGAGUAAAGUGGACACUCUGAAUAAUUUUUUUAAUUAAAAUUCUACUAAAAUUUGUAUU